CAGAUACUUACUUCACGUAGGAAUCUACGUAACCGUAUGUAAUCCUGUAAGCCAUACUUAACUCGUUUUCCUAACAUGCAAAUCGUUUUUAUGAUUUAAUUAAAAGAAUCGUGAAGCGACAUGACACAGUUAAUUUUGCUUUAUGUCUGAAAAUCCCAAAGAUACAUAAAAAGAGCCGCUACCUAGAAAGAAUAUCGACAAUAUAUCGUAUCGAUAGAAUAAUAUGAGCGAUACUAUAUCAUUAGAUCAUCAAAAACUAUUAAUAAACUACCGCAGGCUUCGGCGGCGAUCACACGCGUACACUGCCCGCCAAGAAACACAACCACACAUGAAAAACUACGUAACAAAAAUCCAAAAUGGUGAUCAAGAUUGCGAACCAAGUGACAAAUACUACAAAGAAGGAAGAUGGAUUUGUGAAGCUGAUAGGAGAUUUUGGAAAAUGGCAGUGUCUUGUAAUUGCUACUGUGUCGCUCGUCAAAUUGAGUUCGGGAUGGGUGCAAAUGGCCAUAUUGUUCCUGACUCCUAAUUUGACGUUUCGUUGUGUGGAUAUGAAUUCUACGAUAGAAGUGGAGAAUUCUACUUGUUAUAAGGAGUGUUUGCAGUACGAGUAUGACACGAGUCCUUUUGAGAAUACUAUUGUGUCGGAAUGGGACCUCAUCUGUGAGAGACGAUGGCUGGCGAGCUUCAAUCAAAUGAUGUUGCAAGUUGGCAUACUGAUCGGCAGCAUUAUUUUCGGAUUUUUAUCUGACAGAUACGGCCGCAAGCACACAUUCCUGGUUGCCAUAUCAACGCUGAUAAUCUUCGGCUUGGCUCAGCCUUUCUCGCCAAACUACUUAGUGUUCACCAUACUGCGGUUCCUGGUCGGCAUGGCUACGUCAGGCACCAUGGUGGUCUCGUUCGUGAUAGUCAUGGAGUCUGUCGGACCAAGGUAUCGGGAGGUCACUGGGUGCCUCUUCCAGAUACCUUUUAUAAUCGGUCACAUGACAGUACCCCUCUUCGCGUACUACUUCAGGAGCUGGAACAGCUACCUGCUAGCCCUGGGCAUACCCCCCCUCAUCUACCUGGGCUACUUCUUCGUGCUGAGCGAGUCGCCGAGGUGGCUGGUCAGCGUCGGCAGGGUGAAAGAGGCCACGGAGAUUGUGAAGAGAGCUGCUUUGUUAAACAACCUCCCAACUACAAAAAUCGAAGAAACCCUAACGCAGAUGUCUCAAGAAAUCUGCGCGAAAUCCGACGCGCCCAAGCUGAACUACUCCUCACUGUUCCAAAGGUCCUUACUCUUGAAGACCUGCUACUGCUGCACCAUGUGGCUGAUCACCGGCAUCGUGUACUUCGGCUUCAACCAGUACAUCAGCCAGACCAGUCCUGAUCCUUUCAUCUCUGUGGCUUUAGCUGCGGCUAUGCAGAUACCAGCACUCCUGAUCUCAAUCUGGCUGAUCAAGAAGUUCGGCAGAAGACUCACCACCACCAUAUUCUUCUGCCUCGGAGGACUAUGCGUCAUCAUCCUCUACUUCGUGCCGCAAAUCUUCGCUGUGACCCUCACUCUUGGCACUUUGGGGGUCAGCUGUGGGUCAAUCGUUGCUUCUACCAUCUACAUUUACACUUCAGAGUUGUACCCCACUGUGAUAAGGAACAUGGCGAUGGGAGCCUGUUCCACAGCUAUGAGAAUCGGUUCCAUGGCUGCUCCGUUCAUAGCUAAUACUUCGGUAACUGUUCCAUGGUUACCGACGGCGAUAUUUGGUUUAGCCCCCAUAGUUGCCGGAUUGGCUUGUUUAUUAUUACCUGAGACUAAAGGCAGGAUUUUGCCUGACAGUAUUGAAGAUGUAAGGACUGGUGAAAAGUGAUUUUUUGAGUGGUGAGAGUGAUGACGUUGUUAAUUAAUGAUAUUAACGUUGUGGAUGCUAAUAUGUGAUAUUGAUGUUAUAAAUGUGAUAUUUUUUGACGAUUGUAGUUGCAAACGUGUGAUAUGUAUUGAAUUUUAGAUAUAAGUAACUGUGAAUUUAUUGUAAUAAGGACAUAAUCUUAGUUGUAAGUACUUAAAUAUAUAGGUUUUAAUGAUAAGCAAAUGUUCAUAAAAGUUUUGAAAACUUAAAUUAGCGUGCCAUUUUCCACGCACAGUUAUUUCGUGUGAAUUAAAAAUGAUUUUUCUUUGAAAUUUAAUAAUAUUUUCGAGAAGUCCGAAGUGGAUCGAAAUAAUUGCUAUAAAACAAUUGUUAAAUAAUCAUAAAAUAAAUAAUUUACUGACAAUCGUUGUGACUCUUCAAAUUUUAUUGUACCUAUCAAAGGUUUUUUAUGAACGCAAAAUGAAACAGUUUUUAAAACCA